AUGUCACAGAUUAGAUCAUCAAUAUCGAAUAUAUCUAUAAAUACAAUGCCAAAGCAACAUAAACAAACAGCUCAUUCCAUUUCAACAACAAAUAUUCCAUGGAUACCGAUAGCCACCGUUAAUCCAAUGAGAACUAAAGCUGAAAUAUUGAGAUGGAAUCGUGGUUCUUGGGAAGAAUGGGACAAUUUCUGUCAUAGUUCCACUGGGUUGGAUUCUGCUAAUCUACACACUCCUGCAGGUGGAAUGACAAUUUUCAUUCAUGAUACAAAAGUUGACAGAUGGGUUUCUGGUUCCAUAAAAAAGAGCGGAGCAUGGGAAUAUGAAAUCCUGACAUUAAUACACCAUUACAUGGCACGUGAUCCAGAUAUGCAUUUAUUGGACAUAGGUUCUCAUGUCGGUCAAUACUCGUUAAUGGGAGCCAGAAUGGGACGUCAGGUCAUCGCUGUUGAUCCCUUGUAUGAAAAUGUAAUUCGACUUUGUUCUUCUAUUCAGCAUAAUAAGUUUAGUUCGAAGAUAAAAGUAUUCUACACGGCAUUAUCGGACAUCCAAUCUACGGUAUCUUUUAUUCAAGAACAUGGAAAUGUCGGUGGAACAAAGAUAAUGAGAAAGAAAUCUUCCUCAAAUAUAACUCUUGAAUCUAGCACCGCAACCAUAAUGAAAGACAACACCGGUCUUAGUCACAUUAAGGUGGUCCAAACACCCUCAGAAUUUGAUAAGAACACGAUUCAAACAGUUUUACUCGAUGACCUCUUACCAUUUGUAACUUUUAAAAAAGCUUUUAUGAAAAUUGACGUGGAAUCUCACGAAAAUAGUGUUUUAAAAGGUGGCGAAGAGUUUUUCAAAUCAGUAGAAAUCCCCUGUAUUUUUAUGGAAUGGUUCCAACAUGCGAAAAAGCAAGAUACAGCCGCAGAAAUUUUAGAUUUCAUGAAACGACACAAAUACACUCCUCGACAACCAAAACUGGAAGGAAAAAUUCCGGCAGCAGAUUUACCAGAAUAUUCUUCCUAUUUUUCUGUUAAAUUACAGGAAAUAUUAGAAAAAUUCCGGCAGCAGAUUUACCAGAAUAUCCUUCCUAUUUUCUGUUAA